UCGACCGAGGGACUGAGAACUGCAUUUCAGCCUCUGAAGACCGGACAUCCGGGACUCUCCAGAGCCAGGGAGCGGCCCGAUCCUCCUAGGGGCGGGGCCACGGGCGUUCGGGGCGGGGCCGGCUCCUGGCCACGCCCCCUCAUCCGGCCCACGCUCGCGGGGGCAGAGCUUGCUUAGCGCGGGGCGCGAACCUGUCUUCCGCGGAGGCGGCUGCAGCGAUGGCUGAUGGCUGCCGCAAUCCUCAGGCUCGGGCGCUCCUGCAGCAGUGCCUGCAUGCUCAACUGCAAGUUCGCCCAGCCGAGGGGGACGCCGCGGCUCAGUGGGUGGAGGUUCAGAGAGGACUAGUGAUUUAUGUGUGCUUCUUCAAGGGAGCUGAUAAAGAACUUCUUCCGAAAAUGGUUAAUACACUGUUAAAUGUGAAACUGAGUGAGACAGAAAAUGGCAAGCAUGUCUCUAUAUUGGAUCUACCUGGCGACAUUCUUAUCAUCCCUCAAGCCACCCUUGGGGGCAGAGUAAAAGGAAGAAACAUGCAGUAUCACUCUAACUGUGGAAAAGAAGAAGGGUUAGAACUUUAUUCCCAAUUUGUGUCUCUAUGUGAAAAAGAAUUAGCUGCAAACAGUAAGUGUGCUGAAGCUGGGGUCGUAGUGGAGCAUGGCACUUACGGGAACAGACAGGUAUUAAAGCUAGAUACCAAUGGACCAUACACACACCUAAUUGAGUUUUGAAAAAUUAAUAAUUAGCUUCCGAGGCUGUUCUCUGGUAUUUAAUGACCUCAACUGUCAUUAGAUUUUCUACUCCUUUAUCAUGAAUACACUCAUCUACAGCAUUUUAGGCAAGAAAAUCCUGGAUCCCGUAAAUAACUGCAACCUCCUAAUCAGAUGACCUUGCCUGGUCACCUGACCUCUGGAUCUGUUAAACCUUCUGUUGUACCGUCCUUCCGUUCGAAAAUUUGAAACAUACUGUCUGUUUACUUUGUAGUCAUUAGGAAAAUCUUCUUAACCAUGUUUAAAAGAUUCCAUGCAUUUAAGAUAUUUUAUUAUGAAGAAAUUUGUACAACCAAUGAAAACAUUUAUACCCUGAAGUUUAUGUAGUAUGUAAUAAAAAUAAUUAUAUUAAAAUUGGUUAAAAUCCAGCACAAAUCAAUUAUAAUUUUACCAAUUUUGUUUUUCUAUAUCAAUUUUCCUUUUUUUAAAAAUGGUGCUAGAGAUCAAACUCAGAGCCUCAUACAUGCUACAUCCCCUGCCCAGUUUUUCCUACUUUGAAUGAAAUGAUAUGUAGUUUACUAUUCAUUUUACUGAUAUCUGUGAAAAUGUAAUAUAGAAAUGUUAUUGUGCAUUACAUUACUUUCCAAGGACCUUCAAAUGAUUUAGAUUACUUUUAAGAAUCUUUAGUAUUAUAUACAAUUAUCAUGUCAAUUAAAAAAUCUUCAGUUGAUAUAAGAAAAAGGUAUAGGACAUUCAAGGUGGUUUUAUGAAAAAUACCCACAGAGAUAAAUUAAUGUUCUUUCUGUCAGUUUUUACCAAAACCACAUAUAGGCUGGAGGUGUAGCUCAAGUGGUAAAGGGCCUGCCUACCAAAACUACAUAUGUCUUAGCUUCCAUCUUUUGUUUUUAAAAAUAUACAUGAAAUUAGGGUUAAUGUAUAAAUUUUUAGGAAAUUUAUAUCUAAUCCCUGUUGAAUUAGAAGGAAAAAAAAGGGAUGCUUUCAAGAGAAAUGGUUUGUUUUUUUAAUUGACUUGUGUGCAUUAUUUUUAAUCAGAUAUAUAUGGGCUUGGUGAUUUGUCAGUGUUUCUGUUAUUGAAUAUUAUUCACUGCAUGUUUGUACCCUCCCCUCAAAUUCACAUAUUGAAGCCUAAUCCCCAAUGUGUUGUAUUUAGACAUGCGCCUUUGGGAGAUAAUUAAAGAUGAAGUCACGAGGCUGGGGCUCUCCUUUUGGAAUUAGUUCUAAAAGGAUUUUAAAAAGAAGAAACCCCAGAGAGCUAGUUCUCUCCUCCCACAAGCUGAGGAUUUAGUAAGAAGAUGACUAGAAACUGACCAUGCUGACACCUCAAUCUUGAACUUGUAGCCUCUAGAGCUAAGAGAAAAUAAAUUUGUUGUUUAAACCACACAGUCUAUGAUAUUUUGUUUUGGCACCCUGAGCUGACUAAGAUAGACAGCUAACAAGGUAAACUUUUCAAAAGUAAGAGAGGAAAAAUAUAUAAGAAAUUGAAAGAAUAAAUGAGUUAUAUGUAAAAGGCAAUGUUUACUUUUUGCAAACUCUUCUUACUUGAUUUUAAAGGAUGUUUUGCAAGAUGAAAACUAAACAAUAUUUCUAAUUACCAAAAAAAGGUGAAUAAGGGCUGGUGGAGUGGGCUCAAGUGGUAAGAGUGCCUUCCUAGCAAGUGUGAGGCCCUGAGUUCAAACCCCACUGAUGCCAAAAAAGAAAAAGAAAAGAAAAUGUCUUAAGUAGCUGCUGAAAUUUUCUUUGUGUCUUAUAAUGUCUUUAGUUCUGUUUUUGUAACAAACUUUUUUGUUUUUGGUGGUACUGCAGUUUGAACUUGGCUUCAUGCUUGCUAAGCAGAUACUGUACCACUGAGCCACUCUACCAGCCUUAAGUUUUUAUUAUCCCACACACACAAAAAAAAUCCUAUUUUCUCUAUACCUUUCCUGUACUAUUCUAUUUUAGAAGUUGAAAAUCAAUAACUGCCUUGGUAAUGAGCUCAUUGUCCUUAACUUUUGCUUUAUUGAUUCGUGAUACACUUUUUAUACUGUAAUAAACUAUUCAUAAACUUGCAAACCCCAAUUUUCUCAAAGCUUUUCCAAGGAGAUGUAUGUGUCUUUCAAAAAGAUUAUAUUACCUGUUUUAAAUCAUUUUGAUUUUAUGUUUGGAUAAAAUGCUGACUCACAGCCCUGGAUUGCUACUUUAUAGUUGAAGCAAUUCUCCUUCUUAAAAACCUUGGGAUACUUGUGGAAAAAAGCAAUUUCAAGUACAUGAAGGAUUAUAAGCAGAAGGUGAUAGCAAACUGCUUCAUUUGCAGGGAGGCUACAACAGAGGGAAAAGGCAAGAGAAAUAGUGAAUACGAAAAAUAAUUUCACCUUGGGUUUCUGUAGCUCUUCUGGCCCAAAUGCUCAAAAAAACUUCGGUAUAUCUUAUUUUAUCUUAUAGCAUAUUGGUAAUAAGGAUAGCAUUUUCUUUCUUAGAAAGAAAGAUAAUAAUUUUUUCAGGGUCACACAAUGGGGAGGAAUAAUUUCCGUCUCCUGACUUUUCUUAUAGUGAAACUUGUUAAGCUUGAAAUUGAUUUUCAUAAAAGCUCAGCAUCUCUGUGGAUCACUUGAAAAAGAAUGGCCAAUAGAGCUGGAGGUAUGGCCCUGUGGUAGAGUACCUGCCUAGCAACUGCAAAGCCCUGAGCUCAAACCCUAGUACUGCAAAAAAAGAAAGGAAGGGAGGGAAGAAGGAAGGAAGGAAGGGAAGCAAGGAGGAAGGAAGGAAGACAGGGAUAGCCAAUAGAUUGGUUUAUUUACUAAAUAAGUACAAGUAGGAUUGCACCUAAUUUUGGUAACUUCUGAUCUGCCAAUUUACAAACUUCCUGGUCCAAUUACAGAAAAUACCGUAUGUAAGACACAAUAGGCUGAGCAUGGUGAAUUACACCUAUAAUCAUGCCUAUAAUCCUAGCUACUCGGGACUGAGUCCACUCAGGAAAAAAGUUCAGGAGACCCCCAUCUCAAUGAAUAAAAAAGCUGGGUAUGGGUUGUGUGCACCUGUCAUUCCAGCUAGACAGAAUGCAUAAGUAGCAGGAUCGUCAUCCAGGCCACCCUGGACAUACAUGUGAUACCGUAUUCUUAAAUUACAUAAAGGAAGAAGGGCUGGGGGCAUGGUUCAAGUGGUAGAGCACCUGCCUGUCAAGCCCAAGGCCCUGAGUUGAAACCCCAGGACCACACA